UGUUUUUCCAGUUCUCCUGUGCCCAAAAUUGCCAGAUCUGGCUUGCCUGGACCCCUUCCCCACUGGGUCUCGCCCGCGGCGCUGCCAAUCACAGGGCCCGGCCUGGCGACCGUUGUGUCUUGGCAGGAGCAACCCGUCCAGGCAGCAGGGGGCGGCGAAAAAAUAGCACAAAAAGGUCCCUCGAUGUUUCUUGUGUGCCUCGGCCUCCGCUCGUCUGUCUGCAUUUCCGCCGUCGUUCGCUUUCCUUUCAACACGAUAUCACUGAGUUCCAGCACCAUGCCGAGUUAGCACCGGCGUCCGGUCUUUUUUUGGUCUCUCCCUCCCCCACGCUCACUUUCCCGCACCCUGUGUGCGACAUGGCGCCCCACGGUCGCUUGCGGAUGAGGGCAGCCUUAACAUCAACUUUAUUCGCCGCCACUGCCGCCGCCCAGCACGUGCUCCUCCCCUUCGUCCGGCACGGCGGCGUCGCCGCCGCCCCCGGGCUCUCUCCGCGCGCCGCGUCGGAGCAGGUCGGCCUCGUGUCGUCCGAAUAUGCGUUCCUCGCCGACGUGUCGGUCGGCACGCCGCCGCAGAACCUGUCGCUGGUCAUCUCGCCCUCGGCCGGCGACACGUGGGUGCCCGACGCCAACACGGUCGAGUGCUCGCCCGAGUGGUACUACGCCCGCUACAGCCAUGCUACCGACGUGCCCGCGUCGCGCUGCAACUGGGGCAGCUUCAACAAGACGCGCUCGUCGACCUACCUACCCGCGAACCGCCGCUACAGCACCUUCGGGGCAGAGUCCCUCGACGGCGCCUCCGCCGACGGCAGCAACUUCACCGACACGCUGGUCGUCGCCGGGAUCGAGCUCGACGACUACCCCAUGGGCCUGGUCGACUCCGCCACCCGCUGGCUGGGCGUGCUGGGCCUCGGGCGCAACCUGUCGAGCGGCUACUCGAGCUACAGUGGCGACGAGGCCGGCCAGUACGCCAACUUCAUGGACCGCCUGGUCUCGUCCGGCAAGAUCGCCACCCCAGCCUACAGUAUCUGGCUCGACGACGCCCAGGGCACGUCCGGCGGCCUGCUGUUCGGCGCCGUCGACCAGGCGCGCUUCGACGGCGACCUGGUGCGCCUGCCAGCCGACGAGUCCUACCAGUUCUACGAGUCGUCCGUGGCCGCCUUCGGCGCGACCGUCACCGCCCUCAACGGCACCAGCGGCUCCGGCGUCGCCAUGCCGCCCGUGCGGACCAACGAUUUCCCCAUCGACGUGGUCAUAGGGCCGGCCGAGAUCUUGUCGUACCUGCCCAACACGGUGGCCGACGCCGUCGCCUCCAUGGCCGGCGCCACGUUCAACGAGACGAUGGACCUCUACACGAUCCCGUGCGACGCCGGCAAGACCAGCCCGGCCCAGUUCGUCCUGGAGCUCGGCGGCUCUGGCGGGCCGCAGCUGCGCUUCGAGACGGCCGACCUCGUCGUCCCGACCGCCGCCUUCUACAGCGUGGCCUACUCGCUGGGGAAUGCCUCCAAUCUGUGUCUGUUCGGCAUCCAGCAGCUCUCCUCGGGCGACAGCAGCAGCUCUUCCUAUAUCAGCUCGCCCGCCUUGUACAACCUGGGCAGCUCGCUGCUGCGGCGCACCUACGCCGUUUUCGACCUGGUCAACCUGGAGAUCGCCGUCGCACCGGUUAGGUUCCCGUCCGGCUCAGGCGCGCCGUCGCCCACCGUCGUGGCGUUUGAGAGCUACGGCGCCACCGCCCCGUCCGCCACCGUCUUCUGCGCCAGCACCUAUUGCCAGUCCGCGACCAACAGCGGUUCUGGCUCCGGGUCCGGGUCCGGCUCCAGCUCCGGGUCGCGGUCAGGCUCGAACAGCACCUCCGACGCGCUGGAGCACUGGCAGCAGGUCGCCAUCGGCCUUGGCGUCUCGCUCGGCGUCCUGUUUCUAAUUGCCGCCGUCGCUGGCGUGGUCAUCUGCGUGCGCCUCCUCCGGGCCCGGACCAGCGCCGCCCAGGCCGGCGACCCAGAGGGGGCCCCGGAUAGCGGCACGCCGGCGGCCGGGACAGCGGAGAGCAGUGCGGUGGCUGCGCAGGCCCGCAACGGCCCCGGGACGCCGGUCGCGCCGCCGCGGGGCGCCCUGCCGGUCAUCCAGGAGAAGCAGGAGGAUGGCGCGGCUGCGAACAGGCAGGCGCCAAUUGAGGCCCCUCAGCUUCCGGCGGCGUCCGACCGCGGUUCGGCCAUCAUGUCUGAGCUGUCGGACGCGCAGCAGGGGCAGGCUGAGGGGCAAGCUGAGGGGCAGGCGCAAGCGGAAGUCGAGGCCACGGGCCCGGAGCCUGCCCCGGCGUCAGAGCCGGAGGCGGCGCCGGCAGCCCCCGGGUCACCAAAGGGCAAGGGGAAGGAAGUGGACCGUUCUGUUGGAACCGCUGCGCAGGCUCAGGAAGAUGAAGCUAUCACGAUGCAGGCAAUGCACAUAACUGGGAUCAAUCGUGGUGUUGAAGAUGUUGUGUUGUGGGAGAGAGGCUCUCCAGGAGCCCAGUCUUAGGCGGCAUUUGGGCAUCAAGCUGGUGGAUCCUAAUCUCGGUGGGCCGGCCCGGAGCCCCGGG